ACACCGAUGCCCGUGCCCACAGAGCGAUCACAGGGCUUCUUACCCGAACAGCACUGAAUGGUAGCAGCUGAGAGACGGGUGCGGAGCGAGGGGCGGCCGAACCCGGAGGAUUUCCCACGGACCGGACCUGCUCCUCUGUAUGUCUCCUCACACACGGAUGACAACCUGCAAACAAACCCCUGCUGAAAACUUUCAGCUCUACAUCUGACGCGGGGGUGUUAUUGACGUUUUUAUUUUUCCAAAAAAAAAAAAACCCAGGCUCCAACAACAGAGACGCCGUCAUGCAGGUGCAAACUGUGGCCUAACGUUGCUGAAAUGACUCGCUCGGUGCUGACGCGGUUCAUCGUGCCAUGCCAACCCCGCAUUGUCAGAUGCCAUUUUACUCUGCGUGAUCCCGGUGUCUGGGAUUCCUACAUACUGGGCCUGUGGUGUCAGUAGAAGUUCGCGAGGCAGGAGCAAACAGAGCUGGUGCAACGAGGAGCGACGCGGACACUGUGCGCAAUUCGUGCUGAGGCUUAUGGGUCCUGCGUACUCGAGCUCCCGGCUCCCACUUGGAGAGGUGCGCUGCUGCGGGGCUUCGGCGCACCGGCUGUCGGCUUCACAUCUGGACCGCCUGCCUAGUGUCAUCUGCGGCCUGUUCGGAGGGUGCUCUCCCUGAACUUGUGUGUGUACCAGGGGAACCGGCUGAGAUCGCCUCGGAUGGUGUCGUGUUAGGGAGGAGAGGCUGACUAUUUGGCCCGGACUAGAUCGGUGAUCCACCGGAACACCGUGGUCCAAAAAGGCUGGACCCGCUGACUACUCAAGGAAUAAAAAAGAAAAACACUCAUCCAGCGCAAAGUAUGGAUUUGGCGUAGCGAAGUCGCGCAUUUUAAAGGCAACGCUAGGGUGACAUUGCAGUCUUCUCGCCACAUCGCUUAUUUCGUCGUCCGACAAAAAAUAAAAGCGUGAAAGUGGAGUAUCGUCCGUCGUACGUAUCGGCGCAGUGGGAUUUCUACGUCUGGUCGGCGUUCCCCCCCACCCUUCCCGCGGUGACGGUUAUGGGUCGGAAGCGGUGUGUCGGUGCAGAUUGUUCCAAGAUGGCGGCCGGGUGCUGCGGGGUGAAGAAGCAGAAACUGUCGGGAUCGCCUGGGUCGGGGGGUCCCGGCGGGGUGGGGGCGGGACGCGGGGUGCCAGGAACCGGACAUUGUGGCUCGGAGCUGGGGAUUGGCUCCUCCGCGACCGUUGCAGCGGCGGCGAACGUGAGCAGAGCCAACGGCCUGGGGGGACCCGGGGGUAUCGUUAGUGGCAGCGGUAGUAGUAGUGGUAGCAGCGGCACGAACGCUCUGUCCCCAGCCCCGGCCGGUUACUCUUCAUCCGGCCUCUCCCCGAAUCUCAGCCCGGGACCCGGUUCGGGAAGUGGAGGCAGAAAAAUGGUGGUCUCGGCGGAGAUGUGCUGCUUCUGUUUUGACGUGCUUUAUUGCCAUCUGUACGGAUACCAACCUCCGAGAACACCCAGGUUUACAAAUGAUCCCUAUGCCCUUAAAGACAGCCGCUUCCCCCCUAUGACAAGGGAUGAGCUGCCUCGCCUCUUCUGCUCAGUGUCUCUUCUCACCAACUUUGAAGACGUCGGUGAUUACCUUGACUGGGAGGUGGGUGUUCAUGGUAUUAGGAUAGAAUUUUUCAAUGAAAAAGGAUCAAAGCGCACCGCCACUUACCUACCAGAGGUUGCGAAGGAGCAAGGUUGGGACCACAUUCAAACCAUAGAUUCCUUACUACGAAAGGGAGGUUAUAAAGCUCCCAUCACAAAUGACUUCAGGAAGACCAUUAAGUUAACCAGGUACCGUAGCGAGAAGUUGACAAUGGGUUAUGCAGAGUACAUCGCCCACCGUCAGCACCAUCACUACCAGAAUGGCAUUGGGCACCCUCUACCACCGUACAACCAUUAUUCCUGACAGCGAGCCGCAUGACCAAUCAUUGGACCUCUCCGCGGACCUUUUCCCAGGAGAGCCUGCCCCCUCCUGGUCUAGCUAUUUCUACUACUGUACCAUUUUAUGAUGAUAGUUUCCGUUGCCAUGCUGGCCGUCUCCCAGACGUUGACAUGGCAACGGGUGGCAACGAAGCAUCAUUUGAUUAUGGCAAGAAAUUCACUUUCUUUCUUUGCCUGUGGUUAAGUUUUUGCAGCAUAUGUAUCCUUAUAACUAUAACCCCCUUUACUCAUACGUUUGAAAAUUAACAACUAAUAGAUUUUAUUAAUCUUUUCAGCAAACCUAAUCAGGUGUUUGAUUCUGUGGAUGGAAGGAAGUCUCUUAGUAGAUUAGUCUAACACUUAUAUUGUUUAGGCUUUGCUACAGUUCUACAUUAACUAAAAAAUCUUUAGUUCUCCUAUUUUCUUUCUUAAUAUCCCGACAUGUAUAACCAUGUAGCAAGGCAACUGCAGUUCUCAAAGGCUGUGUCAUCUCUGUCCUGAUUCCUCUCAAAAACAAAAAAAAUAAGAUUGACUGUGGAGGUUGUUUGAGCCUUGUAAACUCUUAUAGUGUUGUAGUUGGAACUAUUUAUUGGGAACUGUGUACUCCAAAGUAUAAACAGUAGGAUAGUAAUGCCCUUUGACUGGCCAUUGCUAGUUGCGUUUCUUGUGCGAGCUGUGUGUAUCUCAGUGUGUGGAUAUGGACGUUGAUCUGCCACGAGAACAAACGAAAAUUAGAAAUUUGAUUUUUAAAAACUCCCGACAGUUUUUCUUUUGGGAACCUUUCCCCUUGAGUGUUUGUCGUGUUUUUUGUGGUGGAACCUGUAAACUUGCAACGAUGUUCCCUCUUUUUCAAAUUACAGUAAUCGCGGAGGAAGCCAUUUGUCUGAGGAUAAUCACGUCCUUGCUGGUGAUUUGUUAUGUAAAAUGGGCUACAAGUGGGCUCUGCUCUCCCGGCAGUGGAGAGGGGCGACCAGGUGUAAUUACAUGUCCCUAAAAGAAGAAAAAAAAAAGAAAAUGCAUGAACGAUGCUUCAGUUAAAAUUUACCGUCUGUUGGUGUCUGAGUUUACUGGCAGGGAGUCACUUUAACAGGGACAUGCUAUAUCUACUUAAAGCCAUAUUCUCUUUUUAUUCCACACUUUGUAAGAGUAGUCUGUUGUUUGGCUUGAUGUAUUUGCAUUCUGUGCCACUGAAACUGGUAACUGUUCCACCACCGAAUGCAAACGUAUACCAACCAGCCUCAGGCAAGGCCGCAUCACGAAAGACACACGUCGAAUCAGCGGUUUCAGUCAUUCGUCAGGUGUCGUGUAUAUUGCCCGUGUCGUCAUGGAAACACUGUCUUGCCUUUUCAGACUAUAGCUAACCAUUGUCACUCGUCCGUGAAGUACGCUGUAUUAAAAAUUGUCAUUUUUUGAAUGAAGACACUUGACGCACAAAAGGAAGUGAGCUAAUUAACAUGUUUGUGUCAUUUAGUAGUGCAUGUCAUUGUGGAGCUGCCACGACGCAGCCAGUUUUAGUUGUUGAAACCGCACUACCACCUUUCUCCGAUUAGUCCGCCGUUCAGCAGGGUCCCUUUGAUCUGUGUGUCCACGGCACAGGACAUAUUUUGAUUUGUGGUGUGUUUAGUCAGCUGUUGGGCAGCCGAUUCGAGCAAACACGGUUGAAUUAGUCAGAGCUGAAUCUCUGCACGGGGCCUGGCGGCUUACAGUUGAGGUCUACGAAUAAAAAAAACAAAAAACAGCCAGGGCUUUGUAUAAAGGACUUAAGAAGCCAUUUCCCAUCCAAAUAUCACUCGUUGUGAGUCGGCAUCCACACACACACACACACGGCUAGUUUGGAUUUACUUUUAAAGAAUGUUACAGUUAAGGGUCAUCGCGCGAUCUGCUUGUUUUGGUUUUUAGUUUUGCGAACUGGAAUUUUUGAGAGGUUCUUGUCACUUGACCAACAUCUUUCUGCGUAACAGCCUUUACUAACUGACAGGUUAUUUUUCUUUUAUGCAAAAAUGUCAAGGGCUUUUGGCACUCCAUCCACAGUAACCCGAAAUGACCCAGUAUUCAGUUGUGUUGCCUUAAAUUAAUGAUUUAAUAAGUGAUGGACCAGGAGAUGACUCUGAGUGUCCCUCUGGCCUGUGGCUCUGUCCCAGCUCCAUCUUCACAUUGUAGGGAAGGAAAGAGAUAAUGUUAUUUGAAUGCUGUCAAUACUUCCUCAUACAUGCAUAUGGGGGCUUGUGUACACCUGCCCUGUUAGCUCACAUCUUAGCCAGCUACUGGUCCUCCAUUUCACUUACAGCUCCACAGAGACCUGGUUAACACAUUCUCUCUCUUUCUGACACCGUGGUGGUGUUACCCUCAUCGUUUCACGCCUCUAGACAAAUGUAUGUUUUUUUAAAAUACACUACACAAAGACAUUUCAGAGAAGAACAGUCAGGCAUUCAUCUCCUGGUCCAUUAAAUACAGCACAACUGGAAUUUUUCUGCUGCAAAACCAAAUUGACCAUGCUCUUUUACAUAUAUGUCUUUGUAUACACAUGCAAUGUGUUCAGUUGCAUGUAUGUCUGAGUAUGAGACCUAUGGUUUUAUCCAUGAUAUGCUUGAUCUAUGGCUUAGACACUCUUAUUAACCAUUAAGAGAUUUAAAAGACAAAUAUGGUGCUAUCGGACCUCAUAUUGGGGUGGUCACAGCUCGUGACUGGUCAUGCGGACUCAUUGAUCAUAUCAUACUUAAAAAGAUGCUUCAUGUAGGAUUUUCUCUUUGGUGCAUCGCUGUGAAUUGAGUCACGACGGUCGCCGUUACGAAAAGGCCCCGAGAAUCUGCUUUUAUUAAUUGCAGUGUGGGAUCAACUUUCCUGUGAGGGGGGAAAAAACGGAUUCUCUUAAACAAAGAGUAAAGAGGGAAAAGUCCUAGCAGCAAUGUGUCAUAGGGGCUCUUGAAUGUACUGUUAAUGGUCGUCAUGGCGAUUUUUUUUACAGCGGUAUAUUAAGAGAAAAUCCUCCAUGUGUUACCUUUACUAUCCUUGAUAUAUGCAGAUCUGUUCAACAGGUGUUUUUUUUUUUUCAUUAUUAUUAUUUUUUUUCAACCAGUGCAAGUCAACACCCCUGCAGGUUUGAAAGGACAAGAAGUCAACACGUUAACCCCCCCCCCCGUUUACUCCCUACACUGUGGCCCAACCUCAUGGCCUAGUUUGUCGAGGUGCGAUGUGUGUGUCGUUAAGUAGACAGUGGCGGUAAUAGACUGUGUUCGUUGCCUCUCCUGGAAGAUCGGGUGCUGCUUUUUAACGAGCACAUCCUUUCGUUUUUCCUUCUAGCUGCUGAAAGGGCGAGGUUUGCUGAGAACCUUGUUUGAAGGGGAGCAUCCCACUUGAUGGGACGCAGAGUAAAUGUUUUACGUAGAACACGCAGAAUAUAGUCCUGGUUCUGUACUGAUUUAACUGUUUUAAAAAGCAUUGAUACCUCAUGAGACAUUAUGGAACGACGUUUCGUAGUUUGUUGUAGCAGAUCGUGUUUUGGUUCCAUACCGGGGUCAGAGUUCAGCCUCAGCAUUCCUUGUGUGGUCAUUCUCAUGUGUCGUGGAAUGCUCAAGCUCGUGUUACCUUCGUAUGUUUGACUGAACCAAAGAUGCCAGCGGCCAUGCCCAAAUGCUGCUCUUCAGGCCUGGCUUCCUGUCCUUCCAAAAAACACCCCUGCAUUUGACAAAAUGUUUUAUGUCUUUUUAUUUUUUUUUUUGUUGCGAUUUCUCAACUGUCUUGACUUAUGAAGCAACCUAAUUUUUCAAUGAAUUUACAUCUCUGAAACCGUACACGGCAUCAAAGAUGGUUAAAAUUGGUUGCCAAUUGUUGUUACUUAUUUUGUUUAUUAUUAUUGUUAUCAUUAUUAUUAUUAUUGCUCUAAUUUACAAAAAUGAAAAUCCCAUGGUGUGCCUCCUAGCUUUAUGGGUUUAUAAGUGUUUAUUUUUCCCUAAAGACCAGCAGUUAUACUUUGUAUAAAAGAUGGAUUUUUCCUUAUUUUUUAUGCCAUUAAAGAUGAAAUAGCCUGUUUUCUUUACUCUGGACCCAGUAGCUGCACUGGUAUAAAAUCGCACUGAUAGAUGAAUUAAAAAAAAAAAAAAAAAUAUGAAAAAAGUCUAAAUGAAUCAAUAAUAAUAAUGAUAAUGACAAAUGAAAUAAGAUCUACAAUAAACUUGUGUUUGAGACUUUUAUUAAAAAAAUAUUUUAAAAAAUGCACAUAAAAAACGAAAAUGACUGUUUUUGUACAUCGAAUUACUUCUUUUCAAAAGAAUAUUUUGGAUCUAGUUUCAAAAUUAUUUUAGUGGUUUUCUAUGUUCUGAAUUUUAGAGACACUGACUUCGAUGACGUGUCACUGUACAAAAUGAUUUUCUUCAGUUGCAGUGGCCUGAUGGGCUGGGAGGGUUGCCUGGUGUAACUCCUCAUACCAACUUUUAUUUCUUUUCCUUUUCGAUUUUUGGAUCUUUUUUUCUCCUCUGCUUUAGUAACUUGAAAAAUGUUGAUGGAAAACUAUGAACUGGGAACUUCAAAUCCAUCCCCCUGUAGAGCUAGACCCUUCCUCUCUUCCUCUUGAAUUUGCUGUUAGUGUGACGAGACUUGAAACGGGCAUUUAUUAAAGAUAGUAUGACUCCAAAUGGAAAAAAAAGAUAAAAAUAAACAAACGCACACAAAAAAAAACAAAAGCAAAAAAAUAAAGCAAAAAAAAAAAUUGCAAAAGAAAAGUGGGGAGGGUUGAAAGAAUAUAUAUAGAUGGGUUAUCUGAGUAUGUAAGCAAUGGAUGUGAAGGUAGUAGUUUUAAACAUUGUUAUUACCUUUUAAAUCAUUUAUUCAAUAAAAGAUAAAAAAUCUACUGAAAAGAGAA